AGACAAAGAAAAAGAAGAUGAAGAAGAAAAACAACAACAAAAUCAACAACAUUAUCAUGAUGAACAAGUCAUAUCAAAUAACGGAUCUUAAAAGUUAUCGAGAAAAAAAACUUAUUGUGAAAUAUUAAAAGCGAUACCAUUGGCGCUCCAUGGUUUCAAUGAAUGAACAUUAUUCGUUCUCUGUGAAACAUUUUAAAUAUUAAAACAGAGGGAAAGAGACGGGAAACAAUACAAUGUUUCCGUAAUGGAGGAUUUCGUAUCUUUUUGCAUAUUGUUUUCCGUAUUAUUUUCUUGUAUAUCCGUGACAACGUGUGUAAUUCAAAGUGAAACUUUUGAAAAGAAGUAUGAUUUAAUGGGAAAAACAUGUCCGCUACAGGACCAAUUAUUUACUAUAACAGUAAAUAAAAAAGUUGCCUGUGUGGGUUUGUGUACGCAGUGGGCGGAUUGUAAAAGCGUGGCUUAUAGUCCAGGAAUACGUUCUUGUACCGGAUGUAAUGGUGAAUAUGAUGCGCUAUCUGAUAUGAUAGACCUUCCGGGAUCUAUGUUUUAUUCUUUUGUAACAAAUGAUAUGGUUAUAGACUGUGGUACACCUACUGUCACCAGCACUAAUGUUGUGUUAGGCACAUUUUCUGGUAAUUCAACUGUUGGUGCUCAAGUACCGUACACGUGCACCCCGUGCACAUAUUUCCCGACUACGGACUUCCCGGUUAUCACGUGUCAGGCAGAUGCAACAUGGAGCACCCCAGAAUGCGUAUACGGUCCUGAUGUCGGACAGCUUGCAAAUGGCGCGUCGAUAUCAAAUAGUGAAAUAGGUUGCGGAGAUUAUUAUACUACGACAUGUCCACAAAAAGGUCUUGCUGGUAAUCUAUUAAAAUAUAAUGGCGGACGUGGGGACUGUUUCUGUGAUAAUGAAUGCUGUAAGUCAGAAGACUGCUGCUAUGAUUCUACGUGUGCUGAUAGUGCUCCACCAUGAUAAACAAAAUGACGAUGUUGACAUUUUUUAUAAACUUAAUUCGUGUCCUUUAAAACCAUUUGUCUGGCUUUAAGGAUAGGCAUUAGUCAUAAGUUACGUUUUAUUAUUGGAUUGUAUGUUAAAAACCUAGUUUCGGUCAAUUUUCUGUCAUGGUAUCUCUUAUUAUAUGAAAUCCACAAACAGUUGCCGAUAUUUUUACAAAAAUAUAUGCAAACUUUAACAGGUCUUUUAUCUUGUUUUCCUUUUGUAUCAACAUAUAUACAUAUAAAUGGUUUACAUUUUCUAAAUGCUUAUAAUUUAUUCAUGGGCUUUUUUAUUUUACUUAUCAUAAUAAUGUAUUGUAUUAUAACCUUAAAUAAUCAUGACGUUCACCGUGUCAUUUGGCUAAAUUUCGCUAUAUUUUGAAUUGAUGUCACAAUAACGUAUGUCUUGACGUCAGUGUAUGUCAUUAACUCGCUUUGUAUUAUAACUUGGCUAUUUGUAACGUCCUUGCAGCAACAAAUGAAACAUUAUUUCUUUCCGCGAUCAGUUAUUUCUUUCUGUGAGCUUAUUUCUUUGUGGGAUUGAUAUACAGAGCUCUAUGAACGUUCAUUCUUUCUUAAGUAAGUCGCUCUUGAAAUUAAAAUAAAUGAAUGAUGGAUCAUGCAGCGAGUGUUAAUACACUCUCAUAGCAUCCAAUCAUAAUUCAUUAUUUAACAAUACAUUGUUAAAUAACCUAUUUCUUCUGGAGAAACCUCAGCUGGGGUUUGUAUUUUGAUAUAAACAAAUGCAAGUAUAUUAUCUCUUCAACUGACUGACUACCCAAUAAAUCCUUCCAAAAUUAUUAAAGUUUGGAUUUGGCAUUUGAUCUUCCUGCACACUUAUACUACCCAUCGGCAGCCAGAACCAUAAGGACGUUUGAACAGUUUGAACACAUCCCAGACCUUACAGAUGUUAAAUGUAUUUACUGUAUCACUUGGUUUCUUUUGCUUUCCUUUGUCAUUCAGAAAACAACUAAUCAAGUAUACUGAUUUAUAUGAAUUUGAUACAACAUCUUUAAUUGCACCAGAACAGCAUGAUCAGAAGAAAAACCGUUCCAUUAUUGACAUGUCUGCUGUGACAAGACAGGGAGAGAAUUCUUUUCAUUUGUA